GGGCAGCGGCGCAUCCAAAUUCCUCCUCUCGCAGAUAACUGUGGCAGUCAGUCAAGCAGCAGGUCCCGAGCGGUGGCGGCGGCGACCACGUGCGCGGCGGCGAUGGUGAGGACUGAGGAGCUAUCCCGUAUAGAGGGGCUGUGCCUGUGCGCGAAGUGAGCCACAUAGCGGCGGCGAGCACGUUCGAAGCCCACGAAAAAUGGCCUCCCGCCUCUUAACCAGAUCAGCGGCGUCGCGCCUCGUUUCCCACCUCCACCGCAAGACGCCAGGCAUUACUCCCUGCCUCCUCACCCGUGGCCCUGCCUUGGCGUCCCUCUUGGGGCCCACUGAUGGCCUCCCCCACGCCGCUGACUCCACUCUGCUCCGCGUUCCGAUGCGGUGGCUCUCCUCUCCGUCCUCGGAGGCGGUGGCGGAGGCUCCGAUGACCGCGGACGGCCUGACUGUAGACUCAAUCGCCGACAAGGGGUGGACGAUUCUUCCCGAAGCCGAGAGCGACUGGCGCAGCCAUGCCGCGGCCGUCGCACAGUCAGUCAAGGUCAUCAAAAAGCGCCUCAAGUGGGGAUGGAUACUUGAGAGAACGAAGCAAUUGGCUGUGGUGUUGGAGAAGCCAGACCUCUGGGAAGACCCAGUUUUUGCUGGGAGGGUUAGCCGUGAGCAGGGUGAGCUCAUGGGCAAGAUUAAGUCAGUGAACCAAUUUGAGCAGGAAUUGAUUGAACACAUUGAGAUGCUACGGCUUGCACGUGAAGAAAACGAUAAUGAACUUGAGAUGGAAAGCAUGAAGGCUUUAGCUGAUAUGAGAAGAAGUGCAAAGGAGAAAGAACUUAAUGCGUUACUUUCUGGAGACAAUGACUCUUGUUCUUGCUUCAUUGAGGUUCAGGCAGGGGCUGGCGGCACUGAGAGCAUGGACUGGGCUGCAAUGGUCAUGAACAUGUAUAGGUCAUGGGCCCAGCGACGAGGAUAUAAAAUCACUGUGGUAGAAGAGAUGUCUGGUGAAGUAGCAGGAAUCAAGAGGGCCACUAUCAAAGUUGAUGGUGAAUAUGCAUUUGGAUAUGCCAAAGCUGAAGUAGGAGUUCAUAGAUUAGUGCGAAUUUCUCCAUUUGACAGUGGAAAGCGGCGGCACACUUCCUUUGCGGCUGUUGCUGUAAUACCUAUUCUUGGGGAUACCACUAGCCGGUACCAGAUCAAAGAUUCUGAUCUUAGGAUAGAACGUUUCCGAUCUGGUGGCCCUGGUGGUCAGCAUGCCAACACUACAGAGAGUGCCAUUCGAAUUGUGCACAUUCCGACUGGUAUAAGUGCAACAUCUCAAAAUGAAAGAUCACAGCACAUGAACAAGGCAUCAGCAAUGGCAGUGCUCCAAUCUCGUCUUGAUCAGCUUGAGAUUGCCCGCCAGGCACAGAUGAAUGCAGAGCACACACAAUCACUCAACGAAAUCAGCUGGGGCAACCAAAUAAGAUCUUAUGUUCUCCAUCCAUACCGUAUGGUCAAAGAUCUCCGGACGAACUAUGAAGUAUCUGACCCGGAUUCAGUUCUAGAAGGAGAUCUAGACGAUUUCAUCUUGAACUAUUUGUCUUCGUCACUGGAUGAAGCUGAUGUAAGUACCUGAACAAAGAACCAUGCUCGCCAUUUUUCAUGAGCUACCUGCCAAAUCACUUGGCUUUGAAACAAACCAACUGAGACACUGCUGAAGCGCUAGCAGCUGGAGGUGCUGCUCCAGUCUUUUCUUUGGUAGCCAAUACAAGUCGAGGUCAAAUGAUGAGAAUUUAAGGUACGGGAUAGUAGUAGGUUGCAAGUGCAAAAACCAGAGUUAGUUGCACAGGAUAGAGUUUAUAGUGUAACAGACCUGGCAAUAUUGUGAAAAAUAUUUGCCUGAUAUUGGAGACGGGGUUACUUUUUCUGUACUGCAUUUGCCGUUUGUGAUCGACGUAUAAACAGUCAUCCCUAAUUAUCUAGUCAAUCUAGCUCCUCUUUUUUACUGUA